AUGGCCAUGGACGUGGCAGAAUACCACCUGAGCGUCAUCAAGAGCCCUCCAGGCUGGGAGGUGGGUGUCUACACCGCUGGGGCCCUGGCGCUGCUGGGAAUUGCGGCCGUGAGCCUGUGGAAGCUCUGGACAUCGGGGAGCUUCCCCAGCCCCUCCCCGUUCCCUAACUACGACUAUAGGUACCUUCAGCAGAAGUAUGGCGAGACCUACGCAGAGGCCAAGCAGAAGAGAGUGCCUGCCUGGAAUGCCCAGCGGGCCAGCACUCGGGGACCGCCCAGUCGCAAAGGCAGCCUCAGCAUCGAGGACACGUUUGAGAGCAUCAGCGAGCUGGGGCCCCUGGAGCUGAUGGGCCGGGAGCUGGACCUGGCCCCCUACGGGACCCUCCGCAAGUCCCAGUCGGCCGACUCCCUGAACUCCAUCUCCUCCGUGAGCAACACCUUCGGGCAGGACUUCACGCUGGGCCAGGUGGAAGUAAGCAUGGACUACGAUGCCGCCUCCCACACCCUCCAUGUGGCCGUGCUGCAGGGCAAGGACCUCCUGGAGCGCGAAGAAGCCGGUUUCGAGUCCUGCUUCAUGCGCGUCAGCCUGCUGCCCGAUGAGCAGAUCGUGGGCAUUUCCCGGAUCCAGAGGAAUGCCUACUCCAUCUUCUUUGACGAGAAGUUCUCCAUUCCCCUGGACCCUGCGGCCCUGGAGGAGAAGAGCCUGCGGUUUUCCGUGUUUGGCAUCGAUGAGGACGAGCGGAACAUCAGCACGGGCGUGGUGGAGCUGAAGCUUUCUGUGCUCGACCUCCCGCUACAGCCCUUCAGCGGCUGGCUCUACCUACAGGACCAGAACAAGGCUGCCGACGCUGUGGGCGAGAUCUUGCUGUCCCUCAGCUACCUCCCUACGGCUGAGCGCCUCACUGUGGUGGUGGUGAAGGCCAAGAAUCUCAUCUGGACCAACGACAAGACCACGGCAGACCCCUUCGUCAAAGUGUACCUGCUUCAGGAUGGGAGGAAGAUGAGCAAAAAGAAGACAGCCGUGAAGAGGGAUGACCCCAACCCAGUGUUCAACGAAGCCAUGAUCUUCUCGGUGCCAGCCAUCGUGCUCCAGGACCUGUCUCUCCGUGUGACGGUGGCUGAGAGUAGCAGCGAUGGCCGAGGGGACAACGUGGGCCAUGUCAUCAUCGGGCCGUCAGCCAGUGGCAUGGGCACCACGCACUGGAACCAGAUGCUGGCCACGCUGCGCAGGCCCGUGUCCAUGUGGCACCCUGUGCGGCGAAACUAG